GGUCAAGCGCCGGAGGUGGGAACCCAUCCGGGUUCUGAUCCUGCCCUGGCGUGGUGUGGCCUCAGGCUCGAGCCCGUUUUCCCCGCUUGGGAAGUGAGGGCAGGCCCUGGGAGAGCCUCAUCCCACCGCGGGAAAGGCCUCUGCACCAGAUGGGUUUGGGGCAUCUGCCCGACCCAACUCGCGAUGACUGCCCACACUCUCCUGCUGUUGCUCCUGGCCUCCAACGUUUUGGGGGACCCAGACUCCGAGGGCAGGUUAGAAAGGUCGGUGGCGGCAGGGACAGGGCGAGGCCGCGAGUGGCGUGUGCCCUUUUCGCGCCAGGGUUUCCCGCCGCGACAGAAUGGGAGGAUGAGAUCCAAGCACGCCAGCCACCCCGCGGGGCUCAGAGAUCUGGGUCUCCUGACCCCACCGGGCCCCAUUUCUUGAGUGCUUCCCUUUGAACCCGGUAUCCCACACUCCCCCAGGCUGCUCGAGCACUAUGUCCCCCAGCACCGCCAGCGCCACUGUUCCCUGGGCACCUGCCAGAUGAGCCGCCUGCCAAAGAUUGUUUACUGGCUCAGCUGCCUCCACCAAGGAGCUCUCGGGGAAGGCUGGCCAUGAGCCCCAGGACCCCCACAGCCAUGGGCGCCGGCGGCGGCGGCGGCGACGAGAGGCCCUAGUACUGUGCGUCGUCUUGGGGACCCUGGCCUGCGGCAAGGAGGCCAUAGCGGGGCCCAGCUCCCUAGGUGACAUCUGGCACGUCUCUGGGCCUCCCCUGGCUUCAGUUACCCAUCUGUAUAUUAAGGCCACGACUGCAAGUUUCUUUUUCCCUGACUCCAUGUGGGCUCACCCAGAGAUCGCCUCCUCCCCGCCCCCACAGCUCCGGCUGUGACUGGGCUGGUUCCGGGGGUGGGGGUGCACACCGGGGCCAGCAUGGGCAAAGGAUAUUAACGUCCGGAGUUGAAUGAAAGGAGGGUUCAUUCUCUUCGUGACCAUUUCAGCCUCCCAAUCUGAGCCCAGUCUCUACACAUUCUCCUUUAUCCUUGAACCUUUUCCCUCACGGAAGUCCCUCUGAGUGUCUAACUUGAAUCCAAUGCGCUGCAGCUGCACGUUUUGUGGGCGGUUUUGGUGUACCGACCGGACCCCAAAACAGCCCUUCUCCCUCCCUGGAUGGUAGGGCUGUGAUUCCCCACGGGCGUGAUUUUACGUGUACCCAGAGGUAGACCGUGAGUUCCAAGCUGAGGGAGCUCCUUGAGAGACAAAGCGGAGUGGGGAGCCCAAGAACCUGGGGUUCGCAGGCGAGAUGCUGCGUAGAACGCGGGAGGCCAAACAGUAGAGAAUCAGGCGGAGUAGAAAGAGACUGGGCUAG